AUGAGACGAACGACACAGACUCUGCUAGUUUCGCUAGCUGCUUCAUCAGCACUUGCACAGUCAGACCUAUCAUCAAAACGAGGUCUCGCAUACAAGGGCGACGACCACGCAUCCGACAACCAACUUCUGACUUCAGAGAAGUCAUUGAUCAGCUGGUACUACACUUGGUCAACAUGGCCAGCCACCAACCUGAACAACUCAAUUCCAUUUGUACCCCUCAUCCACGGUGUCGAUGAAGCCGAGGACUCGUCACUCACAGCAAGACUCAACAACCUCCCCUCAUCGUCCACCCACCUCCUCACCUUCAACGAGCCAGACGGCACCACCGGAUCAGGCGGCAGCAGCAUCGAUCCCGAAGAUGCCGCCAAAGCCUACAUUGAGCACAUCCUCCCGCUCCGCGACUCGGACUCCCGCAAGUGGAACAUCAGUCACCCCGUCGUGACCGGCUCUCCGCAAGGUCUCGAGUGGCUGCGCAAGUUCAACGAGUCGUGUUACGACAUUGACGACAAUGGCUGCCCGACCGACUUCAUCGCUGUGCAUUGGUACGGUGAUUAUGCCGGUCUUCAGAACUGGCUCGGGUCGCUGCGCGACUUCUACAACGAGACCUCGCCGGAUUUGAAGUACUGGAUCACCGAAAUGGCGUUGCCACAGCAAGACACCGAUGCAACUUUUGCCAUGAUGAACCAGAGUCUGUCGUUCCUCGACGACGCUGACUACGUCGAUGGUUAUGCGUGGUUUGGUGCCUUCCGCAAGGACGAAGCCAACGCCUGGACUGGCAACAAGGUUUCGCUCUUCGACGACGACGGUGGCCUCACCGAGCUUGGAGCCUAUUACCUGGGUGGAGAUGAGCGAGGCUUUGAAGAGGGCCAGAAAGGCAAUUUCGCCAGCUCUCUGUCUCCGACAAGAAUGCUUUUUUGGUCUGCGAUUCUGGCUGCUGUGGCCACUAUCUGGUAA